AUGUUGGCCCAAUCGGAUUGUGGUACAAAACAAAGUUUAAGUUCCAACCGAUUUGGAGUUCUGGGAUUUGGAGUUUUGAGAAGAGCACAGAUUAAUUUCAAAUAUCGAAGUGAGUUAGAGUCCAGACUAUUCUGCUCAGAUGUUAUUUUUCAGGAUUUGUCUCAGAGCUGUUUUGUGUCGUGCGUUAUAGAUCUCCUGCAACUACUGUUUACUGCUCUAGACCCAGAGGUUAGAGAGGAAUAUAUUGCAGAUCUAGUCUGCAGUGUUUAUUAUGAUAACUUUGCUAAUGCUGUGACGUCAUUGGCCCCAAGGGUUCAGAUGUUCAGUAAAAACGAAUUUGUCCGAGAGUUUGAGAGAAAUAUACUUCAUGGGUUCAUUGCAGGGCUUAACUAUCAUACACAGGAGUAUGAGGAUGGUCUUGUUAUACGAGAAGAGAAAGAAAACUGCACAAACUCUAGCUAUACAUAUACACAGUACAG